CUAAUUGCUCUGAAAUUUUGAAUGGUAUUCAUUUAAAAUUUUAACGAAUAAGAUUAAAGUGCUUUUCAGAAUAAAAUAACAAUAAUAAAUAAUAAAAAUGAAAAAAAAAAAGUCGUUUUUACCAGUCCCUUUUUAUUUGUUUUGGGAUUGCUCGUACUGAUCUGUGAUUUGACAACUGAAAUUUUAUGAGGUAGCCAAAUGAAUCCAUAGGUGCAAUGCAUGGGUUUGAAAUACAGCAACUGCACCCUCUCCCCCUACCAUAGCGCCACCGCUUUCUCUCCCUUCUGUUUACCCACAUUUCUAAUCAAUGCGUGGCGUCAUCAGGGGGGACCAUCCUGCAGCCUGGCCUGUUAAGAAUGACAGCUCUGUAGAAUGGGAGAGAGAAAGAGAGAGAGAGGGUAAAUGGUGAUCCCUCCCAAAGCUCCGUCUCCACACUCUGCAGCCCUCUUCUUUGAGGGUCACACCGGAUUGCGUCCCCUCUUUUCCAGAAGCCACCGACACGCUCUCAUCCCCACGCCCCACCUCCACCGCCUCCAAACUGAAAACCUCCGCCUCAUAUUUCUGGCUGCUCUCGCUCUCCCGCGAAGUCGACACCUUUUUAGAUCAGCGCCGGUGAUGGAAAGCAGAAAGGAGGUGGUGGUGGUGAUGUCGGCGGAGGGAGCCACCGGGAUCCCUGCGCGAGAACCAAAGGGGAGACCGGACCACAGGAGCUGCCUGAGCCCCGGGGCUGCGCCGUAUUCCCGGGAGAGGACCACGGAGCGGGUGCGGGAGGAGAGCGCACGGAGGGGCAUGUGUGCCGACGCCAGGCCGGUAUCUUCCUCCGGUGACAAGCAUCAUAAAGACGGCAGCAGUUCGGACAACGAGUCGGACUUCUAUGAGGAAAUUGAUGUGAGCUGCACGCCUGAAAGCAUGGACUACCCAACCGCUAAUGGUCGAAGGUCAGAUUCCCCGGGUCAUUCUCCGGGGGAAACCGGCGCCGAUCCGGGUAAGACGGUCCCGGGUCAGAGCUCUCUGUCCUACGGAGCGGACCAGAUCCGCCGAUACCGAACAGCGUUCACCCGGGAGCAAAUCGCCCGUUUGGAGAAGGAGUUCUACCGGGAAAACUACGUGUCCAGGCCGAGAAGAUGCGAACUUGCAGCUGCACUAAAUCUACCUGAAACCACAAUUAAAGUGUGGUUCCAGAACCGCAGAAUGAAAGACAAACGCCAGCGCUUGGCCAUGACGUGGCCUCACCCCGCCGACCCGGCCUUCUACACCUACAUGAUGAGCCACGCCGCGGCCACGGGGAACCUGCCCUACCCCUUCCCUUCCCACCUGCCGCUGCCCUACUAUUCUCCCCUGAGUGUUGGUGUCGGUGGCGCCCCGGCCCCCGGUGCCACACCUUUUUCGACUCCGCUGCGGUCUCUCGACAGUUUCCGGGUGUUGUCUCACCCCUACCAGAGGCCAGAGCUUCUGUGCGCCUUCAGGCACCCCUCCGUGUACCCGUCAGGCCCGGCCCAUGGCCUCGGCCCUGGUGGGAGUCCCUGCUCCUGCCUGGCCUGCCACACCAGUCAGUCCAACGGUAUCACUAGCAGGCCAUCCGGCUCGGACUUUACCUGCUCCCCAACAAGCAGAACGGACGCCUUUGUCACUUUUACGCCUUCAGUGCUCAGCAAAUCUUCAUCUGUGACAUUAGACCAAAGGGAAGAGGUGCCUCUGACCAGAUGAAACCAAAACAACACAACCCAUCCUUUGUGUAAGCAUAAACGUCUACAUAUUUGGACCAUGACUAAAACAGCAUGAAGAAAUCGAGGAAGAAGACAACAUGCCAGAUGUUCAAGCAAUAGGCGCGCAACGGAUCUGUCCUGACUGUAAUAUAAUCCAAUUUCAGAGCCAGUACAUAAAUACAGGAAGCCAGAUCUGAUUUUUAGAAGAUCGUUUGACUUAUUUAAGUGGGGCAGGUCCAAUUGGAUGGAUGUCAUUAAGGUUUUCUCUUAUUGUUAUUGCUUGUCGUCUCUUUAGGCAUCCAGAUCGAUCUACGUGUUUUAUUAGUUACGCGAGAAUGAUGCUUUCCAUCUCUCUUUUUUAACAAGAGGAUUUUUUUUUUUCCAUAAAGCAGACUAUGUCCGUCUCAUUAGAAGCCACUCUCCGCACCAGGGUCCUGGCAGCGGCAGCGGCGGCGGCGGCGGCGGUAGCGGCGGCGGGGGCUGCACGGGCCGAAAUGUGCACAUGCAAGUAAAAUUAGUAAGUGAUGUAUAUGUAAGAGCCGGCACAUUCUGAGCGUUGAAUUAAUCGUAAUACUAGCAGGAAGGGAUUGUUGCUGCCAAAAGGUAUAACAAGGCGCCGAGGGAACGGAUUAGAUUUAGACUGCAGGGCCCGCACGGCUUGGUGCGGGAGAUGGAUUGGGGAAGGAGGGGGAGGCCAGAGGAGGAUGGAGAGGGGACAAUCAAAAGGAGGAGAAAAUAGAAGAGAAUCAAGCGCUCUACAUUUUCCGCUCCUCUCUUGAUGUUAGGACAUGCUGAUUUCAAAUCCGAUCGAAUUCAGUUUUUUGUUUCGUCAAUACUUUUGUAAACUGCAUGAAAAUGUGGUUGAAAAAUGAAAGGUGGAAAGACGUCUGUUGAUGCUUCAUUGUGACUGAGAAGUGAUGGCAAAAAGACGGUGGUUAGCUGGGAGGAAAUGGGCUGACCCUGCCAGACGUUCAACGUUCUUAUUUUGGGUUCAAUUUGGACUCAAUCAACGGGCUAAAACGUAAAAUUAGACUUUUUGAAAAAUAUAAAAUUAUGAACGGCCAGCCUUAAAUAGCCAUACAAAAGACAUCUAUAGAUGUCCAGUGUUUUUUUGUUUUUGUUUUUUUUUUGUUGUUGUUUGUUUUUUGGCUCUAUGUUCACAUCGUUUAUGUGUUAUUAUUAAUAUUAAUAUAAUUGUUAUUAUUUGUGGCUAUUUGCUCAUGUUUUUCAGACUGCGUUGUCUAUAAUGUCUUGUUUGCAAUAAAUUAUGUCAAUGGAUAACUUGA